AUGGCAACUCCAGAACGACCUCUAUCGCCAGUGGCAAGCUCAUCAGGCGCAUCGACGCCCACAUACGAUAACGAGAAAGCGUCAAUACACACGGGACCGGAUUCGGCAACGAGUGAUCUAGAGGCAGGUUUGCUCGCGCGGAGAGGCACCAGUACAGAACCGAGGUCACCAUCAGGUGUUUCGAGGGUCUUCAAGUCGCUACGAUGGAAGCCUGCAAAGUCUUCGGGUCUGACUUCAGAACCCGAACAUGUCGAUGACGAGAAAGCAAAGGAUACAGAAGCGGGAGACGAAUCGACGACACCGGACUACACAACAGAGGCCCGACAACUAGUCCGCUCAUUUACACAGCGAGAUCUGACGCGAGGAUAUGGUCAGUCGAAGUCAGGUACACAGACACCUGGCAUCGAUCAAUACGUCCACGAUCUGGACUACAUACCAGCUCCAGAGCAGUACAAGCCAAGCAUCUUCGGCGCCCUACUUACCUCAAAAUUGAACACGCUUCAGCACGAGUCGCAGGCACAAAGAGCGCAACAGCGGGAAUUUUACAGCAAUUUCGAAAGCAAGCAUGGCCGAUCAAGGUCCCACGAUCGGCUGUCCGGCUCAUCAACGCCAAAAGUACGGUGGUACGACAAGCCCGAAAGCUCAUCCGUGACGAACCUUCUGGCACAAGCAACCCUGUCCACAACCACACCAGGCCUACCAAAUACUGCGUCAGCAGGCACCUUCCCAAGAAGCAUCAAGCCACGACCUCGGUCGACAGGCUCUGAAUACACGAUCUCGGACCAGUUCUUGAAACGUGGCUCGCAACUCGACCUCAACGAUGCCCUCGUCGACGAAGUUUCCGACAUCAUCGCACGUCGAAAAUACCUAACGAAACUAUGUGGCGCCCUCAUGAAGUACGGCGCCCCCACACAUCGGCUUGAAGAAUACCUCUCCGCUUCCGCGCGCGCCCUCGCCAUCGACGCAGAUUUCAUGUUUAUACCAGGCGCCAUGAUGUGCACGUUCAUCGACCAUAGCAUCUACGCCAACAAUGUCGAGAUCGUCCGCAAGUCCGCCAGCCUUGACCUCGGCAAGCUCAAGGACGUCUUCAACGUCUACAAGAACGUCAUCCAUACAAAACUCACGGCCCAAGAGGGAAUCGCUGCACUCGAGACAAUCUCCACUGCACCAGACCGCCACAAUAUUUGGUUCCGCAUCCUCAUGUUCGGCCUCGCCUCCGUCGUCGUCGGCCCUUUCUCCUUCAAUACCCGCCCCAUCGACUUCCCACCCAUCUUUGUCAUGGGCUGCGUCCUUGGAUGGCUCCAGAUGCGUGUCGUACCGAGAUCGGAACAGUUUUCAAACGUCUUCGAAGUCUUCGCCUGCGUUGUCAUCGCCUUUGUCUCCCGCGCCAUCGGCAGCAUCAAGUACCCUGGAUCACAAGACUACAUCUUCUGCUUCUCCGGCGUUUCGCAGUCCUCCAUCGCCAUGAUCCUCCCCGGCUUCAUGGUCCUAAACUCUGCGUUGGAGCUGCAGUCACGCAACCUCGUCUCUGGAAGCGUCCGCAUGGUCUACGCCAUUAUCUACGUCCUCUUCCUCGGCUUUGGGCUGCUCGUGGGUACGACCAUCUUCGGCCUGAUCAAGCGCGACGCCGUGAGCGAAGUGACCUGCCAGGUUCCCAAGUGGUUUCAGGCAGAUGACUCGAGCCCGAAGCUGCUGUACACUACUUUCGUUUGGGCGCCUCUAUUCGCCUGCUGCGUUGCACUGAUCUACAACGCCAAGUGGCGGCAGCUCCCUGUUAUGGCGCUCAUCGCGGUCGCCGGUCACCAGGCAAACUUCUGGAUCAGCACGCAGCUCGCUUCGAAUCUGCAGGUCGCCAAUGCGAUCGGUGCGUUCGUCAUUGGUUGUAUGGCCAAUAUGUACUCCCGGGUGUUCCACGGACUGGCUGCGGCAGCGAUGUUGCCUGCAAUCUACGUCCAGGUGCCGGGCGGGCUGGCGGCGAGUGGAUCGUUAGUGGCAGGUAUCGACUCCGCGAACCAGAUCUUUGGGAAUAGCAGUUCAAUUAGUGUCAUCAACAAUGGCACGCAGGGGUUUGUGGCGGCCCAGAAUGAUCCAAACAGUGUUUACAGUGGCACCAUCUUCAACGUCGGCUAUGGAAUGGUGCAAGUAGCCAUCGGCAUCAGCGUAGGCUUGUACUUGAGCGCGUUGGUGGUGUACCCGAUGGGGAAGAGGAGAGGAGGCAGUGGAUUGUUCAGCUUCUGA